AUGUCGGAGCAAAGACAGCAGCGUCGUGGUGAACCUCCCCGUGCUCCGACUUCCGGACACGGUCAAGCCUCCUCGAUAUCUCAGUCGGUUUCUCAGACCCCGAUCCAGGCUCCAAUCCGCUCAAUCGAAACACCCACUCCCGACCUUUCCAAUCGCCCUACGCCCACCUCACAGACACCUCGCUCCCCCGCGCCAAACCUCUUGUUUCGUGUCCCACAAUCUCCUCUCACUGCGACGAGUGAUUCGUCUCAGAGAGCUGGAAAAGUUGCCAUUCCAAGGUUGAAGAGAUCGAUUGAUCCAUCUGAAGAUCCGACUCGAUCAGGGGGAAGGCACCGCGUCAAUCAUGCAUGUGAGCCCUGCCGCCAUCGCAAGACCAAAUGCAGCGGGGAGCGCCCAGCGUGCAAACAUUGCCAGGACUUUAAGAUUACAUGCUUUUACGCCGAUGGCAAAAGAGAUAGGGCCAAAAAGCAAUUUGGAACCUUGACGGAGAAGGUGGCCGAUUAUGAAAAACUGCUCAGGGAACUGAUAUCGAGGGUUGAUGAAGACGACGCAAGAUUGAUCCGAGCAUCGCUAGAGAAGGAAUCGAAUUAUGACGCCGAAGAAACCCUCACAGAAGGCACCGCUGAUGUUGCCCUGACUGGUGAUGUCGAUGCAGAAGAUGAUGAGUCCGGUGCGGAAUCAGAAGCUUCGGCAGGCGCUGGGUCCACGGGUGCACUAGAUCGAACCGAUGAGGAUUUCACCCGUGAGCAGGCCCGGAUGACGGGUUUCAUGGGGAAGAACUCCGAGGUCACCUGGCUCCAGCGGUUGCGUGAACAGAACAAGUAUGGAGACGUUGAACAAGAUCGGCAAGGUAAUGAGAGGCAACAGGCGCUCGCUGCCAUGUCCAGUGCCUCGCUGACUUCGAAACGUCCAGUCGGUGACACCCAAAUUCCGCUUUCGGAAGCAGACGAAGGCUUCACUAUCAAAGAUUCCAGCUAUCACAUGGAUGACACAUCGAUAUUCAUGUACGAGGCCGUUGAUGCCUACGAGAUGCCUACACCUGACAUUGCGGACCAUCUGUUCACUGCAUACAUGCAGCGAGUUCACUCGUCCUUUCCCGUAGUUGGAAGGUUGAAUCUGACCACUCAGUUUCGAAGGUUCAUUAGCGGGACCGUGCAAAGACCACCAGAGAAGUGGCUCGCGAUCCUCAACUUGAUCUUUGCAAUCGGUGCAAAGUAUUCGCAUCUAAUCAAAGCCGAAUGGAAAGGCGACGAGAGGGACCAUCUGAUCUAUUUUACCCGGGCUCGACUGUUAAGUAUGAACUCUGAAACCAUCUUCCAUCAUCCAGAUUUGCAGCAGAUCCAGGUUCUAGGCUUGAUGUCUUUCUACCUGCUGUGCAACAGUCAAAUUAACCGUGCUUGGAUGCUGAAUGGAAUUGCUAUUCGAGGAGCCGGCGCCUUGGGACUGAACAUGCGCAAUGACAGCAAUGGCCUGAAGGAUUCACUCAAGGAAAUCCGCUACCGACUUUGGUGGGCUCUCUACGCCCUGGAACAUCGUCUGUGCAAUAUGACGGGUAGGGUCAACUGUGUCAUGGAUGACCACUGUACUACACCCCUGCCAAUACCCCUGGAAGAAGAACAAUUCGAGACCGAGGAAGGCCAGAGACUUCUGAGCAAGGAAAUACAACAGGGUGACCGGGCGCCAUCGUCAAAUUCUCAAACCCCGAGUUUCGGGUCAACCCCUUCAACCGACCGCUCUCGUUCGCAAACCAAGAUCGACUCACGUUCGCCCUCGAUGCCUGGAGCCCUCAGAGCUGGUGACUUGGAAUGGGCAAAGGAUGUUCAACCUAACUCUUCACUAUACUUUCUCCACCUGGUACAGUUGACUCGCUUGACCCAGAACAUCUUUCAUAGUCUGUACAACCCGGCGGCGAUCAAAGGAACGUGGUCAGAAGUUCAGGCCAAAGUAAAGGACCUCGACGAACGCCUAGAGCACUGGUAUCGCAAACUGCCUCAGGCAUUUGCUUUUCGACGGAACCAGCGCGAGCGCGGGUCCUACGAAUUCCGCUUGAAUUUGGGUUUCUUCUACUACAGCACCAAGAUGACCAUCCAUCGACCCUGUCUCUGUCGACUUGACCGAAAGAUCCCAGGGCAAUCAAGCAAAUCACUCGAAUUCAACCGCAAUUCUGCCGCCUCUUGCGUGGAGGCUGCAAUGGAUAUGCUGCAGCUCAUCCCUGAUAAACCCAAUGCCGUCGGGCUGAUUCGAGUCGGCCCUUGGUGGAACAUUGUGCAUUGGCUAGUCCAAGCCACGACAGUUCUGAUGCUUGAAAUCUCGUUCCGAGCCAACCACAUGCCGGAAGAAGCAGAAGCUAUACUGGAAUCAUGCAAGAAAGGCAUCCGCUGGCUGCAUGCACUAGCAGAAGACAAUGUGUCGGCCAGGCGUGCCUGGACAAUAUGUUUCUCGCUGUUUGGGGAAGCAGUCAAAAAGAUUGGGCGUGAUGUCGACGAUUUGCCACACGAUCUUCCAGGCAGGCCUUCUCCUCCACGGCACGAUGUUUCCAUGGCAAAUUACUCUGCGGUCAGCAAUCCUCUGUCCCAGAACAUGUAUGUGUCGGCUCCAAGCGCGCCUUCUAUCUACAACACAAUGCCUGAGCUUCCAAGUGUGCAAGCAUUUGCCGCGUUCGACCCAAUGAUGCGGUACGACCAAUAUUUCCCCCCGGAUCUGCUAUUGAACGAUCCCUCUUUACAUUUCCAACAGCCCACCGACGCCGAGAUCGAGUUUAUGAGCAAUGCGUACCAUGAAGACCAGGGUCAACAGCACCAAGGUGGCCCGUCCGGUCAAGGACCCAGGAUGAAUUGA